UUGUUUAAUGCACAUGUGCUUUUUCAACGAUGAUACUUGCUAGUUUGUAAUUGUGUUGUUUUGUUUUUCUAUGGCUGUGUCAGGACUCUAACAGCUGAUUGUCGCAUAUUUAUGUUGAUUCGAUUAAAAUUAUGAGUGGUCUAAUUCAUUGCAUCAGUUGAUGAAUUACCCGGAACUGUUACGUUAACCGAGUUUGAUUCGAUAAGAAGAUGAAAUCAUACCCGGUUCUGGAGAUCGCAGCCGACUUGAAUUACCUCUCCUGCAGCGCGCUUAUCUACUUUGGUAGUACUGCACUGACAAACAAACUCAGAUUGUCAGGUUAAAUAUCACUGACGGUAGUGGCACCGGCAUCAUUCACAGGAACACACUCGCAGCAGGCGUGCGAUAGCAGCUAGUGUAGGGCAGUUGUAAUGGAAGCUGCCAAGGUUAGGUUGUGCAACAAUCCGCGCCAGGAUGCCAGCCUAUUUUCGGUACUGACGUUCUGGUGGACUGUCGACAUGUUCCGACAGGGUUCGACCAGGACACUGGGGCUGUCAGAUCUCUACCGACCGCUGGAGGACGAUUUCGCCGACAAGCUGGGGGAUCGACUGGAAGAAAAUUGGCAGAAACAGCUCCAGAAGUCACACAAAAACUCGAAACACAAACCAUCUCUGGUGAAAGCAAUAUUCCGUACAUUUCGGCGUGAUUGGAUUUUACUAUCCACGAUCACCGUCUUCGGAGAAAUUAUAUUGAGAAUAGCUCAGCCAAUUUUAUUAGGAAGACUUCUAUUAUAUUUCAGGCGGCAGUCCGACAUAACCUAUGAGCAGGCACUAUACUACGCAACGGGUAUGGUCGCGACCAAGGCCGCCAGUAUCAUCCUGGACAAUCAGUAUUCGAGCAUCACCUGUUUGACAGGAGUCCGCACAAGGACAGCCGUUUGCAGUGUUCUGUAUCGGAAAGCUUUGAAACUUUCCCGGAAUGCCCUGGGAGAUACGUCUGCCGGAAAAGUCGUCAACCUGAUGUCCAACGAUGUGAACCGGUUCGACAUUGUUGCAUAUCUGGUGUGCUACAUGUGGUCCGGACCUCUGCUGACGAUAAUUGUAGUAGUUUUGCUGUGGUUUGAAGUGGGUUGGGCUGGUCCCUUGGGGAUACUAGUCAUCUUUUUGACGACGCUAUUUCAAUCAUUCUUCAGCAAACUGACAUCGCGUUAUCGCCUUAAAACGGCAUUGAGAGCCGACGAACGUAUUCGGCUUAUGGACGAAAUUCUAUCCGGAAUUCAUGUGAUCAAAAUGUAUGCUUGGGAAAAACCAUUCUCCAAACUCAUAUCGCAUGCUAGACGAUCGGAACUGAAGAUGGUACUUAGGAGCGGCCUAAUUCGGGGUCUCUACAUGACGUUUCAACUGUUCACUACCAGAGCGGCACUCUUCGCGACCAUGAUCGCAUUACUACUGAUGCAGGAAGAUCUUACUGCCGCCAAAGUGUUCGUGGUUGCAAGUUAUCUAAACAUAGUUGCAUAUACCAUGUCCGGAAUGUUUGUCCGAGGCGUAGCGGAAAUAGCCGAAGCACUAGUUGCCACCCGGAGAUUACAACGAUUUUUAGAGUACGGUGAAAUACAACAGCAAAUCGAAAAGAAUGACAAACAAAGUCUUGAAUUACCUCCAGAAAUAGCCGUUUCUUUCCGGUCGGUGACCGCCCGAUGGGAUGCUGCUUGGGAAGACAAUAAGAAUCGACCACCGACGCUGGACAAUUUGAGCAUAGAUUUCCCUAAAGGUAAAUUAAUUGGGAUCGUUGGCAGUAUUGGCUCGGGAAAAUCCUCAAUUCUGCAAGUAAUUCUCAACGAACUGCCUGUCGAAUCCGGCGAGAUUAUUUCGAAUGAAACUUUUUCUUACGUCAGCCAGGAGCCUUGGCUGUUUUCUGGAAGUAUUAAACAAAACGUUCUCUUCGGCAUGCCGCUGGAUCAGAAACGAUACCGAUCAGUUUUGCGUGUAUGUGCGUUAGAGGACGACUUGAAACAAUUUUCGAACGGUGAUGAAACGUUGGUUGGCGAGCGAGGAAUAUCGCUCUCCGGUGGCCAGAAAGCUAGAGUAUGUUUAGCACGGGCGGUUUACAAAUCAUCCGGGGUCUACCUGUUGGAUGACCCGCUGAGUGCCGUUGAUGCUCACGUUGCACGGCACUUGUUCGAUUUAUGUAUUGGAGCUAAAGGACUACUCGGUAGACAGAAAGCAACCCGAAUUCUGGUUACCCAUCAAGUUCACUUCCUAAUAGAGUCCGACUGGAUCAUCGUUAUGAAUGAGGGCAAAGUGGAGGCUCAAGGCACUCCACAUGAUUUGAUCACGAAAGGAAUAGACUUGCUCAAUUUCACAGAAUCUGAUGAGCAUGAAAUUCUGAAUGAAGAAUUCCAUUUGAAUCGACAAAUAUCCAAAACUUCGACCAAUUCAUCGCGGUCCGAUUGCAACGAUAUUUCUGAAACGAUUGACACUGACCGGGAGGUCCGAAAUGUUGAACAGACUUUCGAAAAGUCUUCGGAAAAUACUCAUCCCAACUCUUUGUUUCUGAACUACGCGGCCGGAGCCGGAAAUUGGCUGGUUCUUACCGGAUUGGUAAUUCUGUUUUUGGCUACACAACUCAUUGUUAGCUUUACCGACUACUGGGCAUCGUUUUGGGUCUCUCAAGAGGAGUUGAGAACGUAUAUUGGUGUCCUGAAUGAUACCAUUAUAUCCGAAUCAGAAGCUCCACUUAGCACAGAGAUUUGUGUUUAUGUACAGACUGCUGCGGUCACUGCUAUAUUUGUAAUUGGGUUGACAAGAGCUAUUGGCUUUUAUCGCUCCUGUGCCCACGCGUCACAAGCCAUCCACGAUUGGUCUUUCCAGGGUUUCAUCUCCACUACCAAGCAGUUCUACGAUACCAACCCCGCCGGACGUAUUCUGAAUCGAUUUUCAAAGGAUCUCGGUUCCAUGGAUGAGAUGCUUCCGAAGGCAAUCCUCGAUGCUGCACAAGCCAUUCUGGCCAUCAUCGGUGCCAUGUUGGUGAUUCUGGUGGUGCAGCCGUUUUUCAUAAUUCCGAUACUGGUGUUACUGAUGAUUCUUCUGUACGCCCGGAAGAUCUAUUUGAGAACUUCCCAGAACACCAGACGGCUAGAGGGAAUUACUCGAUCACCAGUCUUCUCACAUAUCUCUACCACGCUGAACGGAUUACCAACGAUCCGUUCCUUCGGCGUACAGAAACUGCUGAUCACAGAAUUUGACCAACACCAGAACGUAAACACCGGUGCGUACUUCAUGUUCCACUGCGGCCGUUUCGCGUUCGGAAUGGUACUGGAUCUGAUAUUUUUCACAUUUUUGAUCAUUGUUACGUUCAGCUUUCUACUGCUAGAUACGAGUGCUCUGGGCGAUAAGGUCGGUCUAGUGGUGACUCAGAUCACUGCCCUCGCCGGAACGUUACAGUUCGGGGUGCGACAAUCCGCACAAAUGUUCAACCAUCUAAUAGCAGUUGAACGUCUGUUGGAAUAUAAAAACUUACCCGCAGAACCGCAACCAAUAGAGAACGCAAAACAAGUACAAAAUACAAAGUGGCCUUCGAAUGGGCGGAUACAGUUUUGCAAUGUGAGCUUCAGGUAUUUCGAGGGAGCGCCCCUCGUGCUUCGAGAUUUGAAUUUUGAAAUAAAGCCAAAGGAAAAGAUAGGAAUUGUCGGUCGCACAGGUGCCGGAAAAUCUUCGAUCGUUGGUGCUCUGUUCAGAACGGCGAUCGUCGAUGGUCACAUCAAGAUUGAUGAUGUUGAUACCGAUCAAAUAACACUAGAAACUCUUCGGUCCAACAUAUCCAUCAUUCCACAGGAUCCAGUACUGUUUAGUGGAACUCUGCGCAAAAACUUGGACCCGUUCGAAAAAUAUUCCGACACUGAACUGUGGAGAGCUUUAGAGCUGGUAGAACUGAAAGAUAUUGCCAGCGGGCCCUCGGGUCUCCAGAUGUUCGUUGCGUGUGCAGGGUCUAAUUUCAGCGUUGGCCAACGCCAGCUUCUAUGCUUAGCCAGAGCGAUUCUACGGAACAAUAAGGUUUUGGUUUUGGAUGAAGCGACUGCCAACGUUGAUCCGGAAACUGACCGCCUAAUACAGCUCACAAUCAGAGAACGUUUCGUUGAUUGCACCGUAAUUACGAUUGCUCACCGUCUCAAUACGAUCAUGGAUUACGAUAGAGUUUUGGUGAUGAGCGACGGAAAAGCGGUGGAAAUGGGUACUCCAUAUGAACUGUUACAGUUGUCCGAGGGAGUAUUUCGAGAUAUUGUUCUCGCGACGGGAGCCGUGGAAGCGGAAAAUCUUAUCAAUAUGGCUAGGAGAUAAUGAAUAUGUUAUUGCAACCUAUUUCUAGAAUGCCAAUUAGAACAACUCGUUGUACAGAAGUAGUACUUACUUUUAAAGUUACAGUGUAUACAACCUGUUUAGUUGUUAUCUAUGAGAUGUAAAAACCAGAAAUGAUUAUUUAAUAGAACGAAUUUUCAAUAAA